AAAAAGUACAGAGACUCCAAAAAUGUAUUGUUGAUUACUUGUAAAACUUGCAACAGAACAGUUAAAUAUCCUGGUAAAAGUAGAAGCUUUCUGUCAGCAAUGAAGAACAUUCCUGUCACUCCUGCAAGUAAACUCAGCCUGAAGAUACCAGAAAAGAAGACUUCAAAUUCCAUAAAUGUAAAUCGUGGUAUAUCUGGCUCUAAAGGCAAGAGCCCAGCAUUGAUUUUCAGAACACCCACAUCUGGCCAGUCAACACCCAUUUGCUGCUCAAAGAGUGGAAAGAAAAGAAGGAACCACUUCUCACAGCUGAAAAUGUUGCUUAGUCAGAGUGAAUCCCAAAAGGAUUCAAAGGUGGACUUCAGAAAUUUCAUAUCUUCACUGUGAAGUUGGACUUUGAAAAUAAGACUAUUGUAAUUUCUGUUUUUUUGGUUUUUUUCUUCGUGGUCCUGGGGGUUGAUCCCAGCGCCUCAUAUAAGCAUUCUAC